AUGUAAUCAGACAUUAUUUUAAACAAUGCUGUCAUAAAACUAAUUAGAGAAUUUUAGGAUAAGACGAUCUAUUUUAAAUAUUUUGUAUAAUACGAAAAGCCAACCUAUUAAAGAAAAUUAUAUGAUUUCUGGGUGAGUACAAUUGAUAAGUUAACAGAAAACAUUUUAAAAACCAGUCUAAUUAACGUGCAUGAACUUUAAAAUCUGUUUUCAUUGUUUGAAUAUAAACCUCAAUGUAUUGAAAAUGUUUUGGCUCAAAUGAGAAAGGAAGGUAAAAUCGUAAUGGAAGGCUAUAGAACUAAAGCUGUCAAUAUCUUACUGAAAGUUGAAAAUGAGGAGAAUGAAGAUUUAACUACAAAUAAUACUCAACGCCUCUAAAUUUUGUGGAACCCUCUAAAAAAGGUAUUCGAGAAACUUCUAAUAAAAAUAAAAUCUCCUACUCCCACUAAAUGUCCUUACUUCUUUCAUAUCAAAUAUUUUAAAGAAAACAUAAUUAAAUUUAAAUAAGCAGUCGAAGAGGUCUCAAUUAAUUAAUUCAACACAUUUACUGCAAAAUAAUUAACGAAAGUAAUAGAUUUGCCACAACGAGAAAUCUUAUUUUUGAUAAGUAUAUUUUUGGAGGCCAAACUCAUUUAGAGUGUAGGAUACUUUACUAUAGAUUCUAUUAAAUAAGAAGUUUUUAUUUAUAAAUCAAUGUGGCUUGUUGAGAAUAAUAAUCUUGACUUGGCAAAAAAUUAAACAUUAUUUUAAUUGAAAUAUUAAGAAAUAUUAAAUUCGGAUGAAAGAGAGGAAUGCUAUAAGAGUAUAGAAUUGAAGGAAAAGCAAAUAAGAAAGAAAAUAUUGGAGAAGAAAUCCCCAAAUGAAAUUAAAUUUCACAUUGCUGAAAAACUUCAAUUUGAAAAAUGGAUUGAAAAUUACGAGCAUAGAUUAUUAAUUAUGUAACAAAGUCAAGCUCGUUUGAGAAAUGCUGACUCAGAUCUGUAAAUUUAAGAUAUCAUCUUUAACCACAUUCUAAAAAAUAAUGAAAUUGACAACCUGACGUUAUAAGAAAAUCUUAAUGAAUUUAUGGACCAUCGUCAAUAAUAAGAAGAAACCCUAUAAAUUAUGAAAAGAUAUGAACCAAGUGAAAUUGAUACUUUGUAUAACAAAUAUUUAGAGGAAAAUUAAUAGAUGGAUGCGAAUAGUUUAUAAAAAUAAAAUACUCAUAACACCCCCUUUGUUCCAUUAUAACCAUAGAACCAUAAUUAUGAGUUGGAAGAAAGAAUUCUAGAGUUGUAAUAAUGA